UCUAUUUUUGUAAUAAAAAAAAAUAAAAAAAUAAAAAAAAAGAAUGGGAAGAGGCAAAGUUGAGGUGAAGAGAAUUGAAAAUCCGACAAGUCGGCAAGUGAGCUUCUCGAAACGUCGGAAUGGCGUUUUGAAGAAAGCUUAUGAGCUGGCCGUUCUCUGCGACGCCGAGGUCGCCGUCGUCAUCUUCUCCCCCUCCGGCAAGGCCUACCAGUUCUCCAGCCAUGACAUAGAUGGAACCUUAGCUAGGUACAGAAAGUACGUCGGCCAAUCACAAUUCAACCAUCCGCUUUCACGAGCUCUGGUUUGGAAGAGCGAGAUGGAGGACAUGAACAGAUCAAUAACCAGCUUAGAGGCAAGAUUAAGGCAUUUUUCUGGUGAGGAUCUCGAACCGUUGACAGUUAAGGAGUUAAAACGGUUAGAGAGACAACUAAGCGUCGGAAUCGAACGUGUCCGCUCUAAAAUGAGACGAAUUAUAUCAGAACAUACAAAUCAGCUCAAGAAGAAGUAUAAGGGUCUGCAAGAGGAGCAUAGCCGUCUGCAGAAGAGACUGAACCAGCUUAAGGAUGUGGCUGACACGACCGCAAAAGUCUCAGAUGCUGAUGGUGUCUCAGUACUCGAAAUGUUUGUAUAACUAAAUAUAAAUAUAAUCUUAAUUUCGUCUUUAACAAUUAUAAAGACGGUAUGAGUUCCACGAUAAAUAUAUAUGUAACAAUUCAAGGUCAUCGUUGGCGGAUGUUAUUCUCUU